CUGGGGUCUGCUAAGAUCGCUCAAUAUUCAUCCCCCUGGUCUUUUCGCGUCCACUAUCAUUCCCAGUAAUACCUCUCACUGCGUCUUUGUCUGCAGCUACCGUUGGUUCCUCUUCAGACUAAAAUUUUAAAUUAACUCCAGUGAAAAACUAUUUUAUUUUAAAUAGACAUAGAAUGGAAGACAAGUCGAAAAUUGACUCUCAAUAUUAUACUCCACCACCGAAACUCGGCAAAUGGGAAGCUUUCAGUACUUUCCUGUGGAACUCCGAAACUGGACAAUUUCUUGGCCGAACUGGUUCCAGUUGGGCCAAGAUAUUGCUGUUUUACGUAAUAUUUUAUGGAGUAUUGUCGGGAUUUUUUGGAGCCAUGCUGGCUGUUUUCUAUCAGACUCUUGAUCACAGAGCACCUAAAUGGCAAAUGGAUAAAUCAUUGAUUGGAGACAAUCCGGGACUGGGUUUCAGACCAAUGCCACCCACGAGUAAUGUUGAAAGUACUCUUAUUUGGUACAAAGCCAGUAACAAAGGAAAUUAUGAAAACUGGAGCAAUGCUAUUGACAAGUUUUUGGAAGAAUACCAACCACCGAAACCAGGCAGCACUGGAGUAGCUGGAGUCCAGCAAAUAAUGGAAAAUCGUGUUCACUGCGACUACGGAAAACCUCCAGGACCUGGAAAAGCCUGCGAAGUUGACCUAGAAAAGUUUACACCCUGCACUGGACCUAAACAGUACAUGUACCCGGAUUACCAGCCUUGCAUAUUCCUCAAGCUCAACAAAAUAUUUGGGUGGCAGCCACAAUUUUACAAUGACACAGAUAAUCUUCCAGCAAAUAUGCCAAAUGACCUGAAGAAUCGUAUAAAAGGAGCCAAAAUACGCAACCCCGAGGAGUUGCAGACAAUCUGGGUAUCUUGUGAAGGCGAAAAUCCAGCGGAUAUUGAAAAUAUUGGACCUAUACAAUACAAGCCACGAUCUGGAUUCCCUGGUUUCUAUUUCCCGUACACAAAUAAUGCUGGAUAUCUCAGUCCACUCGUCGCCGUAUGGUUUGAAUCACCAAAACGUAACGUACUUAUCAACAUUGAAUGUAAAGCAUGGGCUCGAAACAUUAUUCACGAUCGGGUAGAUCGACGUGGCUCCGUCCACUUUGAGCUCAUGAUAGAUUAAAUUAAUAACAAAAUUUUUAAAAAUAAUUUAUUUAUCUCAGUAAUUUUGCUGUCAUCGGCAACUUAAACUUUAAUUUAAAAAAAAAAAUAUAUAAAAAACAAUCAUUCUCUUUCUCUUAAAUUUAAUAAACUCAUGAUGUUCAUUAUCCAAGUCAACAAUAAUUAUUAUCAUUAUUAUUUACGUAUUAUUUAAAAUAAUAAUGCACAAAAUUAUUAGCAAGAGAAUGGUUGAACAAAAAAAAAUAUAAAAUAAUAUUUGAAAUUAAUUUAAAAAUUUUUUGUACUUAUUUGAU